CGCGCUUCACAAUGCCGUACACAUAGGAAGCUGUUAAUAUCAUAGCAAAGUGAAAGGCUAUCGGAGUCUCUGAAACCGAGUUUUUUCCUAGCGUGGAAGUUGAGGGGAGUAUAUAAUGUCGUGAUUAGCGUGUAUGUACUCAUGUAUUUGCUUCAAGCACUCUUCAGUCAGUCUUUCCAUAGCGCCUUUCCUUCCAAUUAAUCCAUUUACCAUCCAUCCCUCAUUUCCCACAUAAAAGCUCUCGCUUCCCCAUCAAAAAUGUACUCCCUUCGCACCAUCUUCCUUCCCCUCCUCCUCGCCGCCCCAUCCCUUAUCGCCGCCGACUGCUUCAACAUCGAGGGCGUAACCUUCACCGACAUCACCCAAGGCGGGGCGAAUCGCGCCAAUAGCCUGGAGUGGCGGGUCCGGGACUCUAACCAGCAGGAGCUGUGCACCGUCGAGAGGAGCCCGGAUAGUGCGGGCAAGGCGGAUUGCGCGGCUGAGGGGUCGAGCUUGGAGUGGACGUACGAUUCUGGGAGCUUCAAUGCCACGGCUACGUACUGUCCGGGUGGGGGCAAGAAGUGCGUGACCGCGGGAUUCAACGGCAGCGGAGACGUAGACCCGUGGGCGACGUGCAGGCGCGGCUGCAGGAUGUGCAACCCGCAGAACACACCCCAGUGCGAUUGCGGCGGCUGCAAUGGUGCUAGGGACGCCUGCCAGUGAUUUGUGUGCUGCUUUUGCCUUGCUUCGUUUGUCUGUACGAUUUUGAUUGCUUUAGAGCGUUGCAUGGAAUGGCGUCGUUUGUAUAGGGAGUGGUGUUCUCCCUCUGUGGAUAUGGUGGAUCAUUCUCAGCUUGAGGCCUUCUUUGGUAUUUGGAACGGUCAACUUG